GGUCAUGUCGCAGACCUGGUCAUCAAUUGCGCGCUCUCGGUGGCGAAGCACAACUAGGGAUGUCGUAGAACCCAGACCCCUUGCUGUUGUUGCUGCAGGAACUCGCCCAUUGGCGUCGAUCUGGAGGCGCCGAUCGAUGAUGUGACUGGGUUGCCAUUGAUAAUGUGCCCAGAUUGCAAGGAUGUGAGGGUGUUUGCUGCUAAUACCACGUACUCCAAUAACAUUGGAAAGAGAUUUUUCAAGUGUCCUAGGAAGAAUCGUAGAAAUGGGACAUGUGAUAGGUUUUGGUUCGAGGAAGAAUAUUUGGUGGUCCUUCAGGAUAAUGGAUAUCUACCGUCAGCAUCCUCCACCAUUGCAGCAGGUUCGACAACCAAGGUUCCUGAGCUCGUGGGAAAAAUUGACAGCUUAGAGCAAAAUCUGAACAAGGUGACGGAAAUGGUUAGCAAGAACAGAGAUGGCAUGGGAAGCUUGAUUUGUCUCGUGUGUGGAUGUGUGAAUGUAACAGUACUCCUGGUGUUUGCCAUCUUCUUGGUUGUAGCUUUUGUGUUGAAGUAGGCAAUGUUGAUGAAGUAUUGGCUUUUGUGUUGAAGUUGUAGUACUAUUGAAGAACAAGUUGUAUUGAACCUGUUGCGGUGGAUGUAUGUGUACUUCGUAGGAAAUAUGGGCCUUCGUGCUCUUGGACAUCUCUUGUGUAAUCUGUGUCUUUGUGAUGUA